AUUAAGUGAGUCGCGAUGUCGCUUAGCCUCAACUUCAGUUCGAAGGUGUGUGUUCAGGUGUGAAGUUCAGUUUGCCGUUAAACAGGCGCACAGAUAAUGUCAGUUACAUUCUUGACGCUCUUGGCCCUGUGUAGCCUGCUGCCCGCCGUGGAGAAUGCCCACCUUGAUAUCAGCCAGGAUUUAUGGCCCGUUGCAUCGGCGAGCGCCCUGAGGCGCCAGCCUCGUCAUGACCGCGAUUAUCCGGCUGGGCCUGUGCUCUGCGGCCGGCACAGCAGGCAUCGCGCUGCACCAGACCAUUGGCCCGGCCAUGCUCAUGGAUAUGGUCAUGGAUAUGGUCAUGGGUAUGGUCACGGAUAUGGUCGCAACUUUGGCUUUGGUUUUGCGCCCUAUCCGAUGCCAUUUGGCUUUGGCUUUGCGCCAUACGGCAAUGGCUAUCCACAGCCGGGACCGCACCAUAAGACUCCAUUGGCGCCUUUCAAAGGUGGCUUCAAGUACGCUUGGACAUAAAGUUUGCUGUAUUAACUUGAUUGUGUGUGUCUUGCAGAUAACGAGCAGGAAUCC